AUGGCCGAGAAUUUGUACACAAGUGUUCAAGAGCUGGUUGAAAAUGGCGUUGAGCUGCCCGCUGAGCGGUAUAUCUGGCGAGACAGUCAUAGUAGUGAUUUAUAUGAUGGGCCCCUCGACCCCAAUCCCCCUUUAACCGCCCAAAUCCCUGUUAUUGAUGUUGCCCAGUUGUGUUCCUCGUCGUCCGCCAUGGAUGCUCAGCUUCGAUCUGCUCUCGAGUCUUGGGGAUGCUUCCAGGCAGUUAAUCAUGGCAUGGAUAACUCUUUUCUGGAUGAAGUUCGCAGAAUUUCCAGGGAAUUUUUUCACCUGCCAAAGGAAGAGAAGCAAAAAUAUGCAAGGGCAGGGGAUGAUUAUGAAGGCUAUGGUAAUGAUUUGGUCCUUUUCGAGAACCAGCCUCUUGAUUGGACUGAUAGGUUGUAUUUAUUAGUAAGUCCUGACGACCGGCGAAAACUCCAAUAUUGGCCUGAAAAUCCAGAAUCUUUCAGGGAAAUGUUUAGCGAGUAUAUAGCAAAGAUGAGACAGCUUCAAGGACAACUCCUUAAGUCAGCUGCAAGGUCACUAGGCUUAUCAGAGGAUGCCUUUGUGAAUGUAUUCGGCGAAAGAGGGACAAUGUACACAAGAUUCAACUACUAUCCUCCAUGUUCGAGGCCCGAUCUCGUUCUCGGGCUCAAGCCGCAUGCUGAUGGGUCCGGCAUAACUAUACUCCUGCAGGACAAAGACGUAAAAGGCCUUCAGCUUCUAAGAGACGAUAAGUGGUUUUGGGUUCCUAUAAUGCCGCAUGCAUUGGUCGUCAACAUAGGGGAUCAGCUAGAGAUAAUAAGCAAUGGGAUAUUUAUAAGCCCUAUACACAGAGCAGUUACAAACCCGGACAACGAGAGGAAUACAUUGGCUGUGUUCUGCUCUCCGGAUCCUGAUAAAGAUAUCCAGCCAUUGGAGGAGCUUGUCGAUGAACAAAAUCCGAGUCUGUUCAAGAAAGUAAGAGACUAUCCCAGUACUUAUUUUAACUACUAUCAGCAGGGGAAAAGGCCGUUAAAUGCUGUUAGAAUCUAG